AUGGACAGCUUACCUGGACAUCUCCUAGACAAGGUUCUCUUCAAGACAGAUCUAAGAGCUCUAGCUAUGUUGUGUUGUACAAAUACAUCACUCCAGUCGCAUAUACAAAACCCUUCUUUUGUAUCUGAAUACUAUUCUCAGAUCAAAUCCAGUUUGCUUCACACCUCCACGCGUGGCUCAGUUAACAUAGGCUACUACAAUCCUCACGAUGAUUCUAGGUCACUGAAAAUCAAAAGAAUCUCAAGGGAAUGUCGCCUUUUGGGAUAUUGCUCAGGCCUUCUUCUUCUUUAUUUCAUUGAUGAUCGUCUAUGCGUGACAAAUCCUGUUAGGAAGAAGUUUCGAUUCUUGACUUUGUCUAAUCACAUGCGUUACGAUGCGAGAAUGGUACUAGGGCUCGCGGUUGAUCAGACUGAUCGAACCACAAAGAGUUUCAAAGUCGUAUGCAUAUUCAAGAUGGCAAAAACAGAUGAAACUAGGUAUGGUUUCGAUAUUAACGCCGGAGACUCAUGGACACUUUCUAAAACGACACUUGCUUGCCACAAAAGCAAUCUUGAUUACAGUAUGAAGAACCCUAUUUACGUGGACGGGUCUCUUCACUGGCUAAGAAACGACGGAAGCAUCAUAGCUUUCAACCCCGAAACAGAGCAAGCUCGACUGAUCCAAAUUGAAUUGCCCCAUGGAUUGAGUUCGAGAACAGUCUUUGCUUCCAUCGAUAAUAGCUUGACUUUGGUAUCAGCCAAUGAAGAAGUUAUUUGCGUUUAUUCUCUCAAAAAUAUUCUCAGUGAUCCCAAGUGGGUCCUCAUGAAGCAGAUUCACAACGGAGUGAUUAAGAAAAUUGGAGUUGAAUGGUACAUAGAAGCUUACAACAGCAAGUGUAUAGUGUUGAGGGGUGAUCAGAAGAACACAGUACAAUUUUCUUGUGCCAGAUUAGUUUAUAUGUACGACUUGAUCGAUAACAAGUGGGUAGCGAUGGGUUCGGUUCCAACGUGGAGCUAUGCAAGUCUAGAUUUUAUUCUGUUCACACCAUCACCGUCUUCUGUAGUAGGACUUGAUGAGAUAUUGGCUUGUGGUGAUAGAAACAUCUCCUCUCUUAGACUGAUUAUGGGACUUGUUGAUGGAAGCUCAUCAGAGAAGGUGGAGAAUAAACUUGGGAGAAUGUCGGUUGAAGAAUAA